AUGUGGAAUUCAAUUGGCAAACAUCAAGACGUAACAGCUUGUGAUUAUUCCGAUUCAAAGGGUGCAUCGCCAUGGUCAUGCUCUGCCUGUGUAUCUCGUCGUCUUGUGCGCAUACGGCACAAGUCCCUUAGAGGCAGUGAGUACGAGGUGUGGACUCGGCAUGGCUUCAGUGGUCUAAGGGCAAGCAAGACAGGUAGAUCCCGGACAGUAUUCGGUAAAAGUCACGAUCAACCAGGGCUGUACUCCAUCGUCCUCAGUGUAGGAUGUCCGUCGAAAUCGACAUUAACGAGGCUCGCUAAGGGCCCCCGGAGAAAGGCCACUCAUUGCCUAGGCUAUGCCCGCGGUGUGAUGGGAACUGACAUGCUGCAUUGGCAUGAGACAACCCAGCAGUCAGUUAGUAGUGAUACCUACUGUGGGUUAGUUAGUAGAUUAGUUAAUAGUCAUUUAACAAGUGACUAA